AUGCAAUUGUUUCAACUUUUAUUUUUGAGUUUUGCUCUAUUGCAAUCAUUUGUUAUUGGUAUGAAAGAUGUUGGGUAUGCUCAGCAAUUCAUGGAUGAGAAUAAUCUUGUCCAAGUCAAUGGUAAGAACUACCAUGAAUUGAGAAAAGGUAUUAAGGACCAUUGGGCUAUUGUCCUCUUCAGUGCCAAGCAUAUUGAUCCUACGAAAGGUAGUUGUGAGAUUUGUGAUCAUUUUGCGGUUGUUAUGGCUAAUGUGGCUAAAUAUGUGAAUAAAUACGAUCCUGGUACUAAAGCAUUGUUCUAUUUUGUCGAUCUUCCUGAAACUUUAAGUGCUGUUAGAGAUUUCGAUUUCACAUUCGUUCCUCACUUGUAUGUAUUUCCUCCCCCUCCUAGAAAGACUAUUUGGAAAGAUCAAGAUAAACUAUUCUACAACCUGGAUUUUGAAAAUUCCAUGAAUGAAUGGAAGUUCGCUGAGUUCUUGGACGAUUACAUCGAGUUACCAAUGAAUGAAAUGGCAGAGGAUCUAUCAAGAGACUUCAUUGUAGUGGAAACCCCAGAAUCUUUAAAAGAUAAAAUUGAGCCAACCUCUCGUAAUUUGAACAGCAUGAAGAAUAAGAAUAUCAAGAAGAGACCUAAGCAUUCCAGCACGAUUGCAAAAAGCAACAAAGUGAAGAAAGCAGUCACUCAUUCCACCGUGAUGCACAGUCCUGACACUGCACAAGCAGCCGAUAUGCACGAUCAUUCUACUAAACCAGUUAAGAGCGGAAAGAAGGUCAGAUCCAAGCGUAAUUCCAAAUCCAAGUCCGCAUCUAGCUCUAAGUCGAGCUCUAAGCCUAGCUCUAAGUCGAGCUCUAAGUCUCUAGUCAACAAGUUCACCGUCCCAUCUGUCGAUGAACCAAUCGAAUCUUUCAAAAAUAGUCACAACAAAGAAACUCUCAGUACUUUUGUGUCCUCUUUCUCUCAAAAUGCACCAGUUGUUGGAGAACCGAGCAAACAUAGUUUAAGGAAAGAUAAGAGAGACCCUGAGAUUGAUGUAGGAUCUUUUAGCACCAUCAAGAGCAAAAAUAAACCUAGUAUCGAUAUAAAGAACCACGCAACUGGUGAACAACAACAAGCUUCACAGCAACAGCAAUCACAAGAGCAACAACAAGCUCCACAACAAAAAGAUGUACUUGAAGACCAAAAUGGUGUCGCCAUCACCUACAACCCUAAAUUAUUGCAACCAAUGGCAGCAAAGGACUAUCUACUAGUCGUUGCAGAAUACUCUAAAACCAUCGCUAUUGCAGUUGUGAUUUACUUCGUCUACGAUAAGUUUCUAUUCAAAUUAUUCUAA